AUGUCCUCAAUCACAUACCAAAACCUCCCCGGUCCAGUAGGCGACUGCCUCAAACCUCUCUACGCAACAACCGCCAAAGUCCCGGUCUCGCCGACUACUUCCCUUAUCUAUAUCACCGGCCACAUUGGCCUCGAUCUCGCGACCGGAAGUCUAGUCUCCGAGACGCCUGAGGCCGAGUUCGAAGCCAUUUUCAAGUGUCUUGACGCAGCGUUGAAGCAUGCUGGAGCUGCGCGCGGCUUAGCACAGAGCUAUCGACUCACGAGUUAUCUCGUCAAUGCGGAGGACGAGAAGACCAUGCAGGAGGUCUUUCAGAGACUUGUUCCUGGGCAUACGCCAACUUGGUGUACGGUGCUUGUUAAUGCGAUCAAUGUCAAGGGGAUGAGGGCGGAGAUUACAGCUGAGGGUGCAGCUUUUGAGUGA